AAACUUGGUUGAACACGUCGUGUGACUCGAGGGAAUUAAGACUGAGGGAGAGAAAAAAAAGAAAGAGAGAGAAAGAGGAAAAGUGGGGGCCGGACUUUCUAGGGCUUUUCAACGCAAUCAAACAAGAGACAGCAGCCUCUAGGCACAGUGGAAGGUUGCAAUUAUGUUUGCUCUGGGCUUGCCUUGUCUGCUUCUCUUUCCUUUACUUGUCGGGAGUGCACCACCUUCAGAGAAAACACCCUUAUCGGAUCGACCCCCUGGUAACUCACCAACAACCUGUCGCCGCUGUUGUGAUCCACGCGAGACAGUCGAGGGCGCGCCAUCCCCCAUGACAGCAGCCUACAAGAUGCCAGAGGUUCGCCCCUAUAUCAACAUAACAAUUCUUAAAGGUGACAAAGGAGACAAAGGAGACAGAGGUACCCCUGGGAAAGCAGGCAAAGAAGGGCCACUAGGACCCCGUGGAUAUAUCGGCUCUAAAGGUUUCAAGGGUCAAAUGGGUGCCCCUGGGGACCCCUGCAAGCACCAGUAUUCCGCCUUCUCAGUUGGCCGAAAAAAAGCUCUGCACAGCGUCGAGUACUACCAGUCCCUCCUGUUUGACACUGUCUUUGUCAAUCUGUAUGAACACUUCAACAUGUUCAAAGGCAAAUUCUACUGCUACAUUCCUGGGAUCUAUUUUUUCAACGUGAACAUCCACACCUGGAAUUUCAAGGAGACCUACAUGCACAUCAUGCAUAAUGACAAAGAGAAGGUGAUCUUAUAUGCACAACCCAGCGACAGGAGCAUUAUGCAGAGCCAGAGCAUAAUGCUCGAUCUCGAGCAGAACGACGAGGUCUGGGUGCGUCUUUACAAGCGGGAGCGGGAAAAUGCAGUUUAUAGCGAUGACGUGGACAUCUAUAUCACCUUUAACGGUUACCUGAUCAAGCCUUCGGUGGAAUGAAUGGGACACCAGCGAAAUUAAAACUCAGAGAAAUGCCAGGAAGAGGCAAUGCUGCCCCCUGUUUAUUUGGUGCUAUCUAUAUGCAUAUAGUUCUCUAUACCAAUCGGGGAAAAUCGAUCUUGACGCGUCUCAGGAUCCAACUCAAAGGAAGCUGACCUGCUCAUUCUGCCUUGCGCGGAACUAAAUGCACUCCUGCUUUUUUUCUUCAUUUUGUUCAAUUAGAUACUGUAUGGCAAAAAAUGUAUAAUGGAAAUGUG